AUGGAGAAGUCUCAAAUCAUAAAGCGGAAGGUGGCCAGCUCAAAUCAUGGAUCAUCAACAGCGCCCUCUUCUCAGCUCAAAAAUGUGCACACCAAAAUGAAGAAACGGAAGACUGACUUUUUGAACAGAAUCAACUAUUCUCACACAUUUUCGGUCGUGGUGUUACCUCUUGUGGUGGCGUUGUACUAUAUAGUAGUCAGCACCACCCAUUCACUUUCAGCAUAUUGUUCUUCACCAAAGAAUUCGACUUUGGUCUUCUCUGGGCUUUAUUUCCACGUCACAUUACUAGCAUUUACUUCAGGGUAUCAUAAAUAUUUCACUCAUAACACUUUCCAGACCAACUCCAAAGGUCUCCCACUUUUCUUCGUGGUGUUUGGCAGUGCCUUGGGCUUAGGAUCCGUGAGGUGGUGGGCGUCCCUACACCGAGCUCAUCACCAUUUCACUGACGAUACUGAACGGGAUCCAUACUCAAUAAAAAGAGGUGUAUUUUGGUCACACUGUGGCUGGUUGAUAAAGAAGCCUAAAAUCACUACCUUCUAUCAGGAGUUCAUGGAACAAGAGUUCCCGCUCAAAUUGCAUGUUGAAGAAUCAAAAGAGGAAGAAGAUUUCCGGAGUGACUUAAAUGAGGUCUUAAGCAAUGUUGAAGGAGAAGAUGAGGAGGACCAAGUCGACUACGACUUACUCAAUAUUCAGCGUCUUACACUUUAUGACCAUAAGUUGGUUCUCUGGCAAAACUCAUACUAUCUUUUCUGUUUUUUGACUACUGGUCUCAUCUUACCAACAUUGGUAACGUAUUUCUUCUUUGGUGAGACAUUAACUAAUGGGCUAAUAUACCCUGGGAUCAUUAGAAUGUUCUGCUCUCAGCAAUGCGUAUUGUUGACUGAGUCAAUUUGUCAUAAAUCAUAUUUAUUUUCAAUACCCACACAACCGUACAAUGACAAGAAUUCUUCCAGAAAUUGCCAUAAUCCAAUAUUGACAGUAUUGACGUACGGACAAGCUAAUCAGAAUUAUCACCAUGAGUUUCCUCACGAUUAUCGUAAUUCCUCCUCGGUGUUGGCAUUUGAUCCUACUAAAUGGUUCAUUUGGAGUCUAUAUAAGAUAGGGCUAGUUGACGACCUUUGUAGUACCCCACUGGAUUUGAUUACUCAGAUCAGAAUACAACAGCUGCAGGCUAUCAUAACCAGGGCCAAAAGUCAGUUAAAUUGGGGAACUCCAAUAUCAAAAUUGCCCAGGAUUACGCCUAAAGAUUUCAAGAGAAUCUUGGCUUCUUCAAAUCAUAGCGAUCGGAUUUAUAUUGUGAUUCAAAACAUUAUCCACGACAUAACUCCCUUUAUGGAUCAACAUCCAGGUGGAGUACAACUCCUAAAAGCUUCACAUGGCAAAGAUGCAACGAAGGCGUUCUUUGGAGGAGUUUACGGACAUCUGACUGCAGCAAAUAAUUUGCUAGCAACAAUGAGAAUUGGCAUAUUAGACGUGGGGAAUGAGGAGGAGGUCUGGAGAAGAGUAGUAAAGGAAGAGGGUAAUGUAGAUGAAGAUAAGGGAAGAAACAAAGGGUCCGAGCAAUAUAAAACGGCCGAAGCUGCAUAG